CAAAAGUUUUAAUUUCAAAAUAAUAUGCCUCUAAUUAAGAAUGAGCACGUUUCUUUUUGGUUCUGAGGAAAAUGUUCGGUAUCUUGUAAACACUAUAAGUGAUGGAAAAGAGGCUCUUUACCCUUUUUACAGAUUUCCGGGAAAUGAAGGUGGUAUUUCCUUCAUUAAUCAGGAAACAGCUAAAACUAAACCGGCGAAUCUGAUUGGAGAACCAGUAUAUCCGGUUACACUCAAGGAAAUACUUGAUAGCAUAACUACUGACACCGUGAUUAUAAAGAUAGAUGUAGAAGGAUCGGAGUGUGUGGCUCUUACACCUUAUUUGACACAGCCUAUAAAGAAAAAAAAUAUUCCAUACUUUUUGAUGGAAUGGACAUACAUCUUUCAAAAUAUUGAUGACUGUUGUCCUGGAAUCAGUACUCUAAUCAAGGGUUUCCUUGAUUCUGGAUACUAUGCUGUCGAAGUUACAACUCUCCAAAGAGUAAAUAUGACGGAACCACAAAAUUGGGACAAUAUACUUUGGGUUCAUAAUGAAGCAUUUAGGCAGUUCUAAUACUUUAGUCCAAUAUUAUAAAUUUUCCUGUUAUAUAAUUAUCUGUUUUGUUUCAAGUAUCAUUUGUUAUCUAGAGAAGAAUAAAAUGCUCUUUAUCUUGG